AUUCCGCAGCCCUUCCGUGUUCCCAGUCGCCAAGGGGCAACUUGGGACCACAGGGACCAUGGCCACCAAGUUUUCCGAGGGUGUGCAGAAGGUCCUGGACCUGCGAUCUUCCGCGCGGAAGGAUCAGGCUUCCGAAGAUGCAUGGGCAGUUUUGCAUCCCGGCAUUCGAGCCUGCAGGAACCGCCCCGAAGUCCUUGAAGGUUUCAGCGAGGAUGCGAGGCUGUGCGUCCUGAAAUUCUUGCAAGAAUGGCCAAAGAAACGGAGGACCUUGCAGAACCAGGGCAAGGAGUGCCAUAAGAUUUUGAUGAAUAGCCCAAGUUGGGCCGAGACGGCUGACAGCGACACCUUCAGGAACUUCCUACAGAGCGAAUGUCCAGAUGCUUCGAUGGAACUCCUGAAACCGGCCACUGAUCGCUUGAAGACUGCCGUCGCCUUUCCACCUGGGAGGCCGGGUGUCGCACGGAUUCCCGACGAUGUCGCUGCGAACUUCUUGCGGCAGAUUCGAGAGUCCAUUGCUGGUAUGGCGAAGUUUGGGUACGCCUUCCCGAGCGAUUUUCAAAGCAGCGGGUUGGAUGAGGCCACAGAGGCCUUUGAACAACUCCACAAGGCGACGACCUUCAUUUCCAAGUUGCUGGGAAAGCAGUAUCCCCCGGAAGGGCUUGAAGCACUGCUGUGUCCCUUUGAUCCUCAGUGGGAGGACGUGGUGAAGUUUUUGGGUUCCAUGGAGAAGUGCGGGGUUCGCCACUCGAAGUCGCUGCGCGUGCACUUUGUGGUGACCACUCUGAAGGCCUCCUCCAGCGGCUUUAGGCAGGCGCUGGAGCGCAGCGACCACAGCUGGUCAGCCACCAAAGGUCCGUCAGGUCCUGAAGUUUCUGAGUUCAGUCCCUAUCCGCAAGUGACAGAGGUUUUGGACCUCCAGGGAGUGGAGGCGCUGGAGACGUUGGAGACGGAAGACUUCGACCUCGCCUUUGAUCUUCAGAGCAAAGAGUUCAAGCGACAUUUGAGUGACAAGUCGAAGUCGCGUCGACCUGGAGCUGUGUUCAGGAGGAUCUUCGCAUGACAUCGCAGUCCAGGUACGGAGUGGAAUAGAUCGAUCGGUGCAUGGAGACAUGUGACACAUGGGUUUCUCCGAUUUGUUGUGGGAAAAAACAGC